AGACAGAACAGUUAUAACAGAGGAGCAACAGAAACUCCUCAAAUCUGCGUUCCAACAAGGAAUGAAUAGUGUUGGCUCUCCAAUGAUCCCCACAGCAGCAGAGGCCACUGGUUUGGCACCACGCGUUAUAGAUAACUGGAUUGGCAACCAUAGAAGGUCUCUUAAAGCGCCCUCUGGACCAACACCUCAAAAGACCAAACUUUACAGCCGUGGUCUUUCAGCUUACAAUCUUUUCUGCAGGGAUCUGCUGCGAAACAAGGGCAAACUUAAAGAUAUUAAGCAAAAAUGUUCCUCAUUAGGAGAAGCGCAGAAAAACAAGUACCAUGAGGAGGCAGCUGCUCUUAAAGCUGAAGGAAAAACGCAGCAUCUUAGCCCUGAGAUGAGGGAGCUUAAAGUGAAAAAGCACCUCAAGCAGCUCAAGUUUGAGGUAUCCAGUCUUGAGAAGCUGGGGGUGGAAACAGCUGUUAUGUCAUUUGACUGGCAGAGAUCCAACUUAGAAGUCCAUGAAGUGAGCAGCAAAGGAGCUGCUGCUUUUCUGGUUUCAUCAGACACACUAAACAGUUUUGCUUUGCAUUUUAAAGGAAGCUCCUUAACUGCCUCUGCUUUCAAAGAGCCAGUUGAUGCCCUUGCCAAGAAGCUCUCCACCAUGCCUAAGACCAAGGAGCUGUCUAAGGACACCAGGGACAAAACUGUAGACCUCCAAAAGGCUGGGAUGGGCUGCAGGACAAGAGGCAAGCAGUUUGGCAAACACUUUGUGGAUGAACACAGACGCGACCUGAUCCAGAGAGUUAAGAACAUCUUACUCAUUUUGGAUGAGCUCCAUGACAAUGACGUUAUCAGCCAAGAAAAUUAUGGCAAAAUUAGAGCUCUGCCUACCUGUCAGGAACAGAUGAGGGAGCUCUACAAGAUUUCCCUGAAUGCUGAAAAAUCCAAAGACAUCUUCUAUGAGGUUCUUUCGGCAAAUGAGAAAUUUCUCGUUGAAGAGCUCCAUGCAAAGAAGUAA